CGCCGUGCUGGAAGUCACCCCCCCCCCCCGCCCCCCAAGGUCCGCUCAACACAACGACGUCUCCGCCCCUGAUCUUCACUCACUCUGGACUCUUUACCACCUCGUAUCGCCACCGACACAAAGGAUGCAACGGGUCGGACGGAAUCCGGGGAGAUGCUGCUGAGCGCUGAGGAUGGGCCAGAGAAACACCGCCCCACCGACUGACGCGGCCAUGCCCUGCCUGCCCUCCUGAGCUCCCACCCCUUAAAUUCUGCCCCCCCCCCGGCCCCUCUCCCUCCGUGAAAUCCAAGCCGCUGCGCCAACCCCGGUCGGUCAGCAUGGCCACACCCUUCCUGUGGAAGCUGUCCUCCCAGAAGCUCGGCUUCUUCCUGGUCAGCUUUGGCUUCAUCUGGGGCAUGAUGCUGCUGCACUUCACCAUCCAGCAGCGAGCCAGCCACGAGAACAGUGCCGUGCUGAGGCAGCAGAUCCUGGACCUGAGCAAGCGCUACAUCAAGGCGCUGGCCGAGGAGAACCAGAGUGUGAUGGACGGGCCCUACGUGGGCACCAUGACGGCAUAUGAUUUGAAGAAGACCCUCGCCGUGCUGCUGGACAACAUCAUGCUGCGUCUGGGCAAGCUGGAGUCUAAGGUGGAGAACAUUUACAACGGCACAGGGGGCAACCUGACCAACGCCAUCAGCACCGCCGCACCCAGCGGCACCAACUUGGAAAAAGUAAAUGUGGCGGACCUCCUAGGCGGAGCCCAGGAGAAGUGCGAGCUGCCGCCUUUGGAGGGUUUCCCUCACUGUGAGGGCAAAGUCAAGUGGAUGAAGGAUAUGUGGCGCACAGACUCCUGCUACGGAAACUACGGCGUGGACGGAUCCACCUGUUCCUUCUUUAUCUACCUCAGCGAGGUGGAGAAUUGGUGUCCCCGUUUGCCCUGGAGGACAAAGAACCUGAACGAAGAAUUGGACAGGAGGGGACAGGCGGAGGUCCGGACCACUUUCGAGGAGCUGUACCGCGUGAUGUCGCAGCGCGAGGAGUUCCGCUGGAUGAUGCUGAGGAUCAAGCGCAUGGCUGAGCCGUGGGUCAACGCCGUCCGCUCGCUGGCCGCCAAGCAGAACCUGGGCCACCGCCGGAGGAAGAAGAUCCUCGUGCACUUGGGCCUGCUGACCAAGGAGUCGGGCUUCAAAAUAGCGGAGAACGCCUUCAGCGGAGGCCCCUUGGGCGAGCUGGUCCAGUGGAGUGACCUCAUAACCACGCUGUACCUGCUGGGCCACGACGUCCGCAUCUCUGCCUCCCUGGCCGAGCUCAAAGAGAUCAUGCGCAAGGUCAUGGGGAACAAGUCCAGCUGCCCGACCCAGGGCGACAAGGUGGUGGAGCUCAUCUACAUCGACAUUGUGGGCCUCACACAGUUCAAAAAGACGCUGGGACCUUCCUGGGUCCACUACCAGUGCAUGCUGCGGGUGCUGGAUUCAUUCGGAACGGAGCCCGAGUUUAACCACGCUCACUACGCCCAGUCGAAGGGUCACAAGACGCCCUGGGGGAAGUGGAACCUCAACCCGCAGCAGUUCAACACCAUGUUGCCUCACACCCCAGACAACAGCUUCCUGGGCUUCGUAGUGGAGCAACACCUCAACGCCAGCGACAUCCGGCACAUCGACGACAUCAAGAGGCAGAACCAGUCGCUCGUCUACGGGAAGGUCGACAACUUCUGGAAGGACAAAAAGAAAUACCUCGACAUCAUCCACAGCUACAUGGAGGUGCACGGCACCGUGCACGGCACCAGCACCGUGCACCUCCCGAGCUACGUGAAGAACCACGGCAUCCUGAGUGGCCGAGACCUUCAGUUCCUCCUCAGAGAAACCAAGCUGUUUGUGGGUCUGUCCUUUCCCUACGAGGGUCCCGCCCCCCUGGAGGCCAUCGCCAACGGCUGCGCCUUCCUCAACCCCAAAUUCAGCCCUGCGAAGAGCAGCAAAAACACAGACUUUUUCAAGGGCAAACCCACGCUGAGAGAGCUGACCUCUCAGCACCCGUAUGCUGAGGUGUACAUCGGCGAGCCCCAUGUGUGGACGGUGGACAUUGAGAACUCUGUGGAGGUGGAGAAGGCCAUCCGCUCCAUCCUCAGCCAGAAGAUCGAGCCCUACCUGCCCUACGAGUUCACCUGUGAGGGGAUGCUGCAGAGAGUCAACGCCUUCAUCGAGAACCAGGACUUCUGCCACGGCCAGGUGAUGUGGCCCCCUCUUGGCGCCCUGCAGGUGAAAGUGGCCGAGCCGGGACGUACCUGCAAGCAGGUGUGUCAGGAGGAGCAGCUCAUCUGCGAGCCGUCCUUCUUCCAGCACCUCAACAAGGAUAAGGACCUGGCCAGGUUCGGGGUGGACUGCCAGACGGUGGAGUCCAGCGCAGACACGGUGGUGCCGGCAUACAGCGAGACCCGCCGCCACUGCUUCUUCCAGGCCGACCUGCUGCUGUUCAGCUGCGCCGCCCACCAGACGCUGCGGCGCAUCUGCCCCUGCCGCGACUACAUGAAGGCCCAGGUGGCGCUGUGCAAAGACUGCCUAUAGCACCGACACUAACGGGCCCCCGGAGGGGGGGGACGAGGGGAGUCGAAUGAAGUCGACGCAGCCCAACGAGCUCUCCAUCGUACACGCUUUAGUGGGAACGCGUCUGGACAGAAGACACUGCGUGCGGCCACCAUAUUUAUCCCCCCCCCCCCCCUCCCCACAGGUGCAGGAAGCGAAGCUGCCAGCCACGUACACCCACACCCUGAUUCUGCGGAAGCAGGUGUGAAAUUACUUGAAUCGGCCCCCUCCUCCCCUCCAAAGCAAGGGAGCCAUCGUAGACUUGAGAGUGCAGCAGAUGAGCUGCGUGCUCCUUCAGACGCAGCAGUGAGCGCGCCUGUUCGUCUUCAGGUUCAAGGGCAGCCAAGGACACUCAACCCCCCCCCCAGUUUAUUCUUUGGUAGGUUUUCACUGGAGUCCCCCUUCCCCCUUUCCCCACACGGCGGCUAAAGAAGAACCAAGUUUUACACUGUAACUGACUCGUUAGAGCGGACGGGGAGAGUAGAUAUUUAGUUUUUCAUCCCAGAGCGUGACCCCGGACUCUGACUCUUUGACCCGUAAGAAGGCGGGAAAAAGUCCAGGCACAUUUCUUCCUCCAUUCACUUUGAAAAUCGCACACGCCAUUUAAAGGUCGAACAAAGCGGAUCUGGAGUGAGUGUGUUCCACGGGAAGGCCGGCAGGCCCCCUGUAGGAGUGUCCGUGACCAAGUUAUCGAAAAGUUUGAAUUAAAAUAAAAAAAGCACGGAUCCACACUCGCCUCCCAGUCGGCCAGAAACCGUAAUGACAAACACGCCAAGGAGAAAAGACUCGCAGUUCCUCGUUUCCUCUUCAACAGUUCAGAUUAUUAGAUUAUUAUUAUUAUUAUUAUUGGUGAAGAGAACAAGAAAAUGUAUAUAAAAGUCAAAUUCAUAGUUCUUGUGGUGAAUUGGGAAUAAAAUGCACUACGGUAAUCUAUGGGGUUAAACAAGAUAUUAGCAAGACUGUAUAAAGUUUCUUUUUUUAUUUAUUUUGUAUACAAAUCUUUAUCUUUGUGUUUUGCUGGAAAUCUUUUUUUAUUUAUAGGAGGGGUGUCUUUUUUUUCUUUUUAUUUAUGAAGAGUAACUUAAACAAAAAAGCUUGCUUGUCUUUAAGUGUGUGAUCAACCGGUCGGAGGCUUCGCCUGCUUGUUUUUUCCACAGAGAGGAGAGAAAACAUGUUUGGGAAGGUUUUACGCCUUGAUAAGCUAAAGUAGGGCAUUCGGCGGGAACCUGUUUGAAUCAUGGCAGCGAAUCCUCAUACCCGCUGAAGAUGGGCCCGACCCCGGCCCCCCCGGCGGUAGGCGGCAGAGGCCUGGCGCACGUCGUGCUUUUCGUUUCAAGUCAGUCGUUGUCGUUUGCUCGUGUGAAAUCAACACCGUCUCAUUGUCAGCUAAGACUGUUUUUACGUUUCUUUAUUUUUUACUUUUGUAAACGGGUACGUGAUUCUGCCGCCAAGUUAGCGUUACAAAGAGAAAAUGAUGUGCCUUUUUCCACGGUUUAGUUCUGUCCCAUCAGAAGAAAAAAAGAAUGAAUCGGUCUUGUGAUGCAGCCUUUGCAGAAUCUUUUUUUCCCCCUUCCGAGUCAGUUUCAAAAGGGUCACGUGAACUCAAACCAUGUAAUUCCAACUUAAUACAAUUUAAAAAACAGUUUCUAUUGAAUCAGUCCGAGCCUUGUGAUGUGUUACGUUGGGUCGAGGCGCUCGGGUGGGUUCUCAUGGGCUAUUUAACACGACCAUAAGAAGGUACAUUUGGCUCACACAGCGUUUCCUGUAUAUUCCUGAAAGAAAAAAAAAUGUCGUAAUGUAGUCUACAUGUUUUACAGUAACUGCAUUACCCACAUUUUAGAAACAUCCAUGUGAACGUCAUUAUUGUCCUUUCUUCCCCAGUGAACCAAUGGUGGAGUGCAAAGCGUCAUUGGCUUAUUCUAGAAGCACGCUGUGUAUCAGACUAUCAAGCGCUCUGGAGAACCGGGCGGCCCGUCUUUGUAAACCUCUGCACCGAAUGUCUCCCACAGCCACACGAACACGUGAUCGGCUUUUUCAAACUCCAGCUGGUUUGAAUCCAUCAAUUGGCGCCCAACGUCCGAGCAGCGGCGAUUGAAAUACGCAACGACAACUUUUUGUUUUGUUUUCACAGUCCAUGACGAGUACGAGGGAUAUAACUUUAUUUUUAAAUAAACCUUUUUUUCUGUGA